AUGAAAAGACUUGCUGAGUUAUCAGUUUCCAGCUGUGAACACCUCCUGCAGAACAAAGAGCUCAUCAGAUAUCUUGAGGAGAGCAAGUUUGAUGCCAUCCUUACAGAUCCUGUAGUGCCUUGCGGGUUGAUAGUGGCAGAGCAUCUUUCACUUCCCUCUGUGUUUUUCUUACGAGGAAUCCCAUGUGGUUUAGAUUUUGAAGCCACUCAGUGUCCCAGUCCUCCUUCUUAUGUCCCCAGGACAUUCACACAGCUUACCGACCACAUGACCUUUCUCCAGAGAGUGAAGAACCUACUCUAUGAUAUCCCAAGUUUUUUUCUCUGUGAUUUUGCCUUCCAACCAUAUGAGAAAUUGGCUUCUGAGUUCCUCCAUCGGGAUGUGACUGUGCUGGAUCUCUUACGCAAGGGUUCCAUUUGGCUCCUGAGGUUAGAGUUUGUUUUAGAGUAUCCCAGACCUUUAAUGCCCAACAUCAUUCCAAUUGGAGGAGUCCACUGUGCUCACAAGAAGCUGCCUCAGGUGGGUCAUGCUAUGUGCGUAAUCCAUGGUGUGAUUGAGUUGUGUGGUCUCCAGUGUGGUGCAUAUAAUUAUCAGCUUCCCAUCGGGGCUGACUUAGACAAGUGCUCAUAA